UGUGAUGCAGCAGAGAACCCGUGCCCCGACGGGCGGCUGUGCCCGGCGCACUGGCUGUGCUGUGAGGUGGGGUGCUGCGCCCCCGGCGCGCCCUCGCGCCGCGACGAUGAGCCCCACAAGGAGCUGCCGUACUACCCGUGGUACGCACAAUGGUCGGUGCUGUUUCUCCUCGGCACUCUGGGCGGCAUCGUGCUGUGCUGCGCGUGGUGCCUGCUCGUGCGGCGCUCGGCGCACGUGUACGCGUGCUCGCUGGCGUGCUGCGUGCGGCGCCGCGCGUCCGAGCACGACUCUGCCGGCUCCGUCUACCCGCCGCCACAUUACAGCCGCUGCGGGUCGUUUCACCAGGCGCCGCCGCCGUAUUCAGAGGUAACGUCGAAGCCGGACCUGUAUCCGCUGGUGAUCACGUGCGGCGACGGCGACGGCAAGGGCGGCGGCAACUACCUCAUGGUGCACUACUUCCGGAACUACGUCAUACGCGCGCCAGGCUCUCUCUCAGCGACGAGUACUGCAGAAUCUCUCAACUCCAGUUUCAUAUGCAACGCAGCAAAUGAGGCAAAUUCGAUCAUACCGCCGCCAUACUCGUGCGCGAGCAACUACUCGGAUUGCGGCGUGGCGUGCGGCCGCUCGCUGCUACGCUCGCUGUCCUCGCUGACGGAGCCGCGCGCAGCCCCUGUCCUACCGGUCACUGCCCCCGCCAUCGCCGCCGCCCCGGCCCGAAGCAGGACCACGUCGGACUCCGCUUGCGCGCGCUCGCGGGCCGAGUCCCAGGCCUUCCGGGACAACCUCAUCACUUCCCCUGUACAGCCCCUU